AUGCACGUCUUUUUCUCCGUCCUGCACUGCAGCCUGAAGAAGCAAACCACAGCUCCAUCCGACUCACCUACCGGCCUGGACGCGUCAUCUGAGUACGGCGACGAUACCACUUCAAUGGCUGAUGGUUCCACUGAUGACAGCUCGGAUCUCACCCCCUCCUUUACCAAUAAGAUGUCGUCUGGGGGAGGAUUCAUGGGAGGCUUGGGAACAGGCUCGAGAGCUGGCUCGGGAGCAGGAUUUGGAGCAGGUUCGGGAGCAGGUUCGGGAGCAGGAUUCGGGGCAGUGGAUGAAGGUCUGGAUGCCGAGGAUGGGGACGGGGAGACGGGUCUACAGUCGGGAUUCCCAAGGUCCUCUGGCACCACUGGCGCUGGUCGGAUGGGGGGUCUGAACUCAGGGGAAUCUUCCAGAACUUCCGCCUGGGGCAACAGGGGCGGGUUGGGAGCAGAUGGAGGGGAGGAUGAGGAUGACAUGAUGGGAACUGGUGGGAGUGGUGGGUCGCGGAAUGGAUUUAGCAGUAGCAGCAGCAGCAGAGACGGUAUGUGGGGAGGUAGCAGCAGUGGUGGUGCUGCAGGGGGAGGUAGACUUGAUGGAGGUGGUUCUGGGGCAGGCGGAAGCAGGUGGGGAGGGGGAGGCGCGGCCACGUGGGGAGGGAGAGGCGGGAUGAUGGGUAUGUCAGGGGAGGAUGAGGAGGAGGAUGGAGACAGCCGCGCUGGUGGCGGUGGGCUUGGGAUUUCCAGCAGUCGUGUGCCUAAAACGGGUUCUAGAUCAUGGGGAAUGGACGGUGAGGAUGAUAUGGAGACUGGUGGUGGUGGGAAUAGGGGCGGGUUGGGAUCCCGAAGUGGGACGGGUGGGUUUGGUAGAGGGGGAAGGGGUGGGGGGAGGGUGAGAGGAGGUGAGGAGGAAGAGGAAGGGGAGGAGGAAGAAGAGGAGGAAGCGGGAGGGGAGGAGGAGGAAGAGGAAGAAGAGGAAGAGAGCGAGGAGGGAGAGGAGGGGGAUGAGGAGGAGGAGGAGGAAAGCGAUCGGGGACGGGGCAGAGGGAGGGCUAAGCGGAAGAAGGGAGGGCGGCGGGACAAAGGUGCUGCGGCAGAUGAAGAUGAGGAAGAUGAGGAGGAGGAGGAAGGAGAAGGAGAGGGAGGAGACGAGGAGGAGGACGAAGAUGAGGAGGAGGAGGUAUCCAGCAGCAAGAAGGGGAGGAAGGGCCGUGGCGUGGAAUUGGCUCAACUGGACGACGAGGAGGAGGAAGAGGAAGACGGCAUGUCGACCCACCGCCUGCGCAACGUGGCAUUCCUGCGCAUCCCAGGGACGCCCUCGGCUCAAAUGGACGAGGAGGAGGAGGAAGAAGACGGCAUGUCGACCCACCGGCUGCGCAACGUGGCGUUCCUUCGCAUCCUCGGGACGCCCGUGACAAGGCAGCGCGUGCUGGACUCAAAUCCUCCCCUCUCCACUCUUCUCCUGUGUUUGCAAAUUGCAGGCGUGGAGUCGGCUCAAAUGGACGAGGAGGAGGAGGAAGACGAAGGCAUGUCGACCCACCGGCUGCGCAACGUGGCAUUCCUGCGCAUCCCCGGGACCCCCGUCACGGGGCAGCGCGUCCUGGACUUCGAGCGCCAGCUGGCGUGUGUGUCGCGCGACGGGCUGUGGGCGGUGAACUCGACGCCAAGGUGGAUGCCGUGGGACCUCAACCCGCUGACUGUUGCUCGCCAGCCCAACUACCGCUCCUGCGACCUGCUCUUUGCCAAGAGGAAGGGCGGUGUGUUUGGGGCAGCAGCGGAGCGGGCACGGAGGUUGCCCAACGCAAGAGCAGCAUGGCGGGUGCGGCGGGAGCUGCUGUACCAGUGGCGCCCCGCCAGCCCCCUCCGUUGCCCCUUCCAGCAGUUCGACCGCGCGGGGUUCUGCCGUGCUGUGAGGGGGCGCAACGUGGUGGUGGUGGGGGAUGCGUUUAGUCUCGACUGGCACGACGCGCUGGUCAACCACCUUGUCACUGCGGGGACUAAGAACAGGGCAGGGCAGCUGGGCGAUGCCUGGGCCAACGUCACAGAAGGGGCCUGCUUUGAAAGGGGACACCGCCUCUGCACCGACGUCCCACUCAUUCCCCCCUCCACCCCCACCGCUGCUGCUGCUGCUGCUGCUGCUUCUGCUGACUCCUCAACUCUUGAUGACCCAGACUCUGAUCCCGCCACUGCUAGUGCUACUGGUGUCGGUGGCUUCACUGCUGGUGGUUCGGCUGCUGCUGCUGCUGCCGCUGCUGGUGCUGGCGGUGGUGGUGGUGGAAUGGGUGUUGAGGUUUCUGGUCGUCGUUCUCGCUUUGGGGCUGCUGCUGAUGCAUCUGAGGAGGACACAGGGGGAGAGGAUGGGCAGGACAGGGGUGAGGAGGAGGGUGCAAGGGGGAGGCAGGCGAGUGGCGACGCGGGUGUGGGUGGACUCAGAAGUGGGUUUCAGAGGAAGGGCUGGGGACGAGGCAGAGGGCUGGCUGGGAGAGUGAGGUCUGGCGACUGGGAGGCGGACAAGAGGAGUGGGGAGGCUGGCGGACUGGGAAGCAGAGAAAGGAGUGAAAGUGGGGAGGGCGAAGAAGCAGAGCCGACGGGGUUUACUAGAGUGGAGGAGGAAGGGGAGGAAGGGGGAGUGGGAAGUGGGGGUGGCCGAGCAGCGAGGGCCGGGAGGAAGAGGAGGGCAGUCGGUAGGCAGGGGGUUGGCGGAGAUGUGCUAAACCAAGGGCUUAGCAAAGAGGGCAGUGGUGCGAGUCAGCCCCUUAACAGCAAGGAGGGAGGGGGUGGUGUGGUGGUGAGGAGGAGGAGGAUGGCGGGGUUCAAUCUGCGGGUGGUGCUGAACGCCUUUGCAGCACCGGACACGGGGCGGCCCACGCGGCUCAACAACCGCUGGCUCAAGCGCCUCAAGAAGUGGAAAACCAACAUCCUGGUGCUCUCCCGCACCCCGGCCUUUGAGGAGCUGAUGCUGCAGGAGGUGCAAGACACCCUCGAAGCCGUAAGAGACCGACACGCUUGUCAUCUGAUGGCCUGUCCCCCUUGCCUUGCCCUUAUUGAUUUCCCAAAUCUUCCAGAGGAGCUGAUGCUGCAGGAGGUGCAAGACACCCUCGAAGCCAUAAGAGACCGAGGAGCUGAUGCUGCAGGAAGUGAGGGACACGCUAGAAGCUGUGAGGGACCUGUACCCGGACAUGCUUGUCAUCUGGCUCAGUGCGGUGGGCGGCCAUCCCAGCUGCCAGCACUUCACCCGCCCAUACCACUUAGUCCCUUUCUCCCUUGCCCAUACGCUUCCCCUCCUCCUUCAGAGGAGCUGAUGCUGCAGGAGGUGCGAGAUAUCCUAGAAGCAGUGAGGGACCUGUACCCGGACAUGCUUGUCAUCUCAUGGCCUGUCACCCUUGCCUUGCCCCUAUCUCCCCAUGCAAUGCAAACAGAGGAGCUGAUGCUACAGGAAGUGCGAGAUACCCUCGAGGCAGUGAGGGACCUGUAUCCGGACAUGCUUGUCAUCUGGCGCAGCGCGGUGGGCGGCCAUCCCAGCUGUCAGCACUUCACACGCCCGCUCAGGACCCGCCCCGCCCUGCUGGCCGCCAAGGGGAAGAUUCCCGACGCGUGGCUCCGGCAUGCCGAGAUGAACGCUGCCAUCAGACCGCUGCUCAAGGAGUACGGGGCAGUGUACAUGGACGUGGACUCGCCCACCUCCCUUCGCCCCGACGGGCAUCACGAGCGCAUGGACGGCAGCAUCAACUGCCACCACUACUGCAUGCCCGGCCCGCUCGACCACUGGGUGUCUCUCUUCCACAACCUGCUGCUGCUGCUCGACCAACACUCCCCCCUGACCGCCCUCCCUGCUGCUGCUGCUGCUUCUGCUGCUGCUUCUGCUGGUGCUGCUGGUGCUGCUGGUGGUGUUGGUGGUGGUGGCGGUGCUGCUGGUGUUGGUGGUGGCGACGGUUUGUCUAGUUCUGGUUUCGGUGGUGCUGCCGGUGCUUCUGGGUCUAGUGCUGCUGCUGCUGGUGGGGUGCCAGCGGUGAAGGUGAGUGGGGUGGUGGGGGAGGGGGGAGUGGUGGUGGAAGAGGAGGAUCUCUCUGACGUACCCAGAGGAGGGAGGUGGCGCAGCAAGGGGGACAUAGAGGAGGAGGAGAGGGGGAGGGAGGAUGGAGGAGGAGGUAUGGUGGGGGUAGGCGGUUCGGAAGGGUUUGAGGGAGCAGGGAUUGUGGGAGGGGGGAUGGGAGUGGGAGGAGGGUUGGGUGAGGGGCAAGUGGAAGGGAGUGGUGGAGAUGGGCGUGGAGGGGUGGAGAGCUCUCAAGAGGCAGAUGCGGCCGCCUGCACCAACUUCUCGGCGUGCAUCCCAGGGACGCGCAUUCGGGGCGAAGCAGCAGUGGCGGAGGCGCAGCAGGAGGUGGCGUGUGUGGCGGAGGAUGGCAAGUGGGUGCGCUUCAACACGCCCCGCUGGCUGCCCUGGUCCCGCGACCCCCACACCAACCCACGCGCACCACAUUAUGGCACUUGUGAUCUCAUGCAUGUGAACGAGACCGGGGGCAAGGGCAAGUUUCAUAAGAAUCCGGGCGACCAGGAGUGGCAUGUGCGGCCAGAGCUCAAGACCGGCGGUAAGGGCAUGUACGGGUAUGCAGCGGACAAGUUUCGGAAGAAUCCGGGCGACCGGGAGUGGCACAUGCGGCCAGAGCUGAAGUACCAGUGGAAGGCCAACCGCUUCCGCCCGCCGUUCAUGGGGACCGGCGGCAAGGGCAUGUACGGGUAUGCAGCGGACAAGUUUCGGAAGAAUCCGGGCGAUCGGGAGUGGCACGUGCGGGCGGCGCUCAAGUACCAGUGGAAGGCCAGCCGCUUCUGCCCGCCCUUCAUGGGGUUCAACCGGCACAAGUUCUGUGCGGCGGUGGGGCGGCGUAAUGUUCUGUUUGUGGGGGAUACGACUCAGCUGGCGCUGCACGACGUGUUUCUCAACCAUGUCACCACCAUCGCCACUCAGAAGGAGAUUGGGGAUAUCGCCGACGCCUGCGUGCUGUUUGUGGGGGACACGACUCAGCUGGCGCUGCACGACGUGUUUCUCAACCAUGUCACCACCAUCGCCACUCAGAAGGAGAUUGGGGAUAUCGCCGACGCCUGCGUGCUGUUUGUGGGGGACACGACUCAGCUGGCGCUGCACGACGUGUUUCUCAACCACGUCACCAACAUCGCCACUCAGAAGGAGAUUGGGGAUAUCGCUGAUGCCUGGACGGCGCCCAACAACCAGCCGGCGUGUGCCACCAACAACCCCCACGUGGUGUGCUCCGACAUCGUCCCAGGGGGCUUCACCUUCCGUGUCGCCCACAACAACCUGCUCACGCCGGAUACGCCGGGAGGAGGGGCGUUCAACCAGCGGUGGCUGGGGCACCUGCGCAAAUGGAACGUGUCAAUUGUGGUUCUCAACAAGGGCUUUGAGCACCGCCCCAGUGAGUGCUGGGUGAAGGGGAGAUGGCUGGGGGAACAGUGGUUGGGGGGACUGUGGCUGGGGACCGACUCUCCUGGGGGGGGAAGCGUUCAACCAGCGGCAGGUGGGGCACCUGCGGCAGUGGAACGUGUCCAUUGUGCCCCGGUGUAUCUCAAGACGCUUCGUCAGACGCUCACAAAAUUCCGCCAGGUGGCACCUGACACGCUGCUGAUUUGGCGAUCCACGUGGCGCGGCCAUGAGGGCUGUGAGAAUGCCACGGAGCCGCUGGCAGCGCCACCCGAUAAUGCCACCCGGGCUGGUCCAUGGGCAUUUGUACUGGAGCAGAAUGAGGCAGUGCGGGAUUUGAUUCGGGUGAGUUGGAUCUCACAGGUACCGUAA